AUGGCGGUGGCAGUAUCGGGGCUAUGGUGUACCAAUCCAACUAUCAGCAGGAUUCCCACUCUUGAAAGCCGACGCAUGUCAGUUAGGUUUGGACCGCUCGCCUCCGUUGCUUCUCUCUCGUCUCCGCCUCCUACCAUCCAGAUUGUCGGCGGGAAAGCUCCGAGUUGGUCUGGCGAUGGAGGUGCUAGUUCUUCGAACAGUUACGGACUGGUGGAUGUCGAAGGAGACGAAGAUAUUGAUUGGGUUAAAAUGGAGGCCGACCUCUACUACUGGACCAAGGCACUUCGUCCUGUUCAGUGGUAUCCUGGUCACAUUGGGAAAGCUGAAAAGGAACUGAAAGAGCAGCUGAAACUGAUGGAUGUGGUGAUUGAGGUUCGUGACGCCAGAAUUCCCUUGUCCACCACCCAUCCAGAGAUGGAUUCUUGGCUCGGAAAUAGGAGGAGGAUUUUGGUUUUGAACAGAGAAGACAUGAUAUCCAAAGCUGAUAGGAAUGCUUGGGCAGCUUAUUUCUCUAGGCAGGGAAUGAAGGUUAUUUUCGCUAAUGGCAAGCUUGGAAUGGGCAGUACGAAGCUUGGGAGGUUAGCAAAGGAUAUGGCAGCGAAUGUUAAUAUCAAGCGCAGAGCAAAGGGUCUUCUUCCUCGCGCAGUUCGUGCUGGAAUUGUUGGGUAUCCAAAUGUGGGGAAAUCCUCUUUGAUCAACCGGCUACUGAAGCGUAGAAUGUGCCCUGCCGCCCCUAGACCUGGAAUCACAAGAGAUCUCAAAUGGGUUCGAUUUGGUAAAGAUCUGGAGUUGUUAGAUUCUCCAGGCAUUUUGCCGAUGCGAAUAAGCGAUCAAACGGCUGCCAUAAAACUUGCUAUGUGUGACGACAUCGGCGAGAGAUCUUAUGACGUCGCUGAUGUUGCUGCAGUUCUUGUGCAGAUGCUAAUAAGAAUUCCAUCAGUUGGUGCAAAAGCGCUUCAGGACCGCUACAAGAUUGAUAAUGAUUGCCUCUGUGGUAAAACAUUUGUGCAGAAGCUUGCACUUCACUUGUUCAGUGGAGACACGCACCAAGCAGCAUUCCGCAUCUUGGCCGAUUUUCGGAAAGGGAAGUUUGGUUGGGUUGCGCUCGAGAGACCACCUAGAUGA